AUGUUUCAACGCGCAUUAGCGGUCGGAAAGGAGAUACUUGGGCUCGGCAAUCAAGACACACUACUGAGAGUCAAUAAUUCAAUUCAGCUAGGGCGGAAAAGGAAAUGGAACGACGAAGCGGAGGUUGCGUACCGGCACGUAUCGGCGGGCAGAGAGAAGACACGUGGUUCAGAUCACGCAGAUACCUUACGGAAUGGUAAAAGUCUAAGUGUGGUACCGCAUGACCAGGAAGAGCACGACGAAGCUGAGAUUAUGUAUCGACGCGCACUGGUGGGUAGAGAGAAGAUACUAGGUCCAGAUCAUUUAGACACCUUACGGGCUAUAUACAGCUUGGGCACAACGCUGCUCCGUCAAGGAAAGGACGGCGAGGCAGAGAUUAUGUAUCGACGUGCAUUGGCGGGAAGAGAGAAGACACUCGGGCGAGAUCAUCCAAGCACCUUAUUGAACAUCCAUUUGUUAGGUGUAGCGCUGUACCGUCAGGGAAAGUUCGAGGAAGCAGAGAUUAUGCAGAGGCGGGCAUUGGCAGGCAGAGAGGAGGCAUUUGGUCCAGAUCAUCCAGAUACCUUAAGCACUAUAAGCAGCCUGGGUAGAAGAAAGUACGAAGCGGGGGCGACUUACAGGCACGCUUCGGGAGAUACAUGGAAGGCCCUGGGACCCGAUCAUCCGUUUUCUCUCGAGAGUAUGAAUGCGGUUGGAGAAACAUUACUUGAUCUGAGAAAGUACAACGAAGCAGAGAUUAUCUUCCGACUUACAUUGCUUGGUAGAGAAAAGGCUCUCGGAGCAAACCAUCCAGCUACCCUUACCAGCACCGAUAACCUUGGUCGGACGCUACAUUACCAGGGAAACUACAAAGAAGCGGAGACGAUGUUUCGAUCUGCACACCUGCGCAGAGAGAAGGCAUUUGGGCCGUAUGAUCUAGAUACCAUACUGAGUGCCCACGGCCUAGCUGUGACUCUAUCUGAUCAGCAAAAUUAUAAGGAAGCGGAGGUUAUGUAUCGGCAUGCCUUAGGGGGUAUGGAGAAGUCUCUGGGGCUAGAUCAUCCGUUUACCCUUGAGAGCAUAAGUACGCUAGGUGAAACACUGCUUGAUUUGAAAAAAUACGACGAAGCCGAGGACAUGUUCCGGCGUGCGGUAGCAGACAGAGAAAAGGCACUUGGACUAGCUCACCGGGAUACCUUACUCACUGUCAAUAAUCUCGGGGUGGCAUUGUGCAAUCAGAGAAAGCACCACGAAGCGGAGGUUAUGUACCGACGUGCGUUAGCGGGUGCCGAGGAGACGCUUGGACCAGACCAUCGAGAUACCCUAAUGUGCGCCUAUAACUUAGCUCGGGCUCUGCACAAACAGAGAAAGUAUCACGAAGCGGAGAUGAUGCACCGCCAUGCACUGGCAGGGAGAGAGCGGGUUCUGGGACCGGGUCAUGCGUAUACUCUCCGGAGCACCAUCAAUCUCGGCGCGGUACUCUGUGAUCAGAGAGAAUAUGAUACGGCGGAGAUUAUGUAUCGACGUGCAGUUACGGAGGGAGAAAAGGCGCUAGGGCCAAGUCAUUGGAUGACUCUGAAAAGUGCCAACUGCCUAGCGGUUUUGGCCUGGGCGUUGCGUGGCCAGAAAAAGUGCGCCGGAGCAGAGGAUAUAUGUCGACGUACACUAGCGGGUGCAGAGAAAGCACUUGGACCGGAUCACCCCGAUACUUUGUGGAACAUGAACAACCUUAGCGUGGUGCUGUACAGUCAGGGAAAGCAUUACAAAGCUGAGAUUAUAUAUCGACACGCAUUGGACAGAUCUAGUUACCCUACAGAGUGUGGAUGA